AUGGCCAAUGCCAUCAUCUAUGCCAAUAUGAACACUCCCCAGAGGUCAACAUGGAAAAUAGGCGACACUACAGCUGCGGGCCCAAUUGAGGUUGAGCCCUUUGAAGCACCGGAUCUGCUACCCAGACUUCCUCCGGAAACCCUUGCGGAAUUCAACAUGGCCGAUGCAGACAAAUGGUUGGCAAAUCUAGAAAACAAUGUCACUGGGGACUGGCCACAUGACCCGGGAACAGUGGCAUCCUUCCUGACAUCCAUGACAACAAACACCCGUACAGCAAGAGGAAAUAUAUUCAAAUCAUACAGAUGCCCGGAGCACCAGGAGGUUUACAGCAACUGA